AUGAUCGGCGGAAAGCAGCUUUUGCAGAUGUUGAACUACGAGGCGGGAGUGGACCCCACUCAGACUACCGAGCCAUUCUUCGCUGGAAUGCACACUGUAAACUUCAAAAUGAUAUCUUGGACCUCUCCUAACACGCGCAUGGGCCAGUCCUCCAACCCCGCUGCCUCCCCCCACGUCUUGGGCGCUGGAUUUGUUCGCGGACAUCCCACCUUCAGCUCGCUUGUGUUGCCCCAGAACAUCGUCUACCAUCCCACCAACCACCCCAAGGACAACUGGUGGAUGCCCGAGCAGUUCUAA